AUGCCCGCGCUGAGCCUCAGAUCCCGCGAUGAUGCCACCGAGCUGACUACACCGUCCUUCAUCGUAAAGCUGCAAGCAACAGUCGACAAGCGCGCGCUCGCGACAAUACCAACGUACGACCACUCCCAUGGUACGACCCUCUCUUUGACGCUGUCCACCCCACGUGCAUUUACAUUCCCUAGUGCAGCAGACAACACCAUAUCGAACGGAAGCAGUGGACCGCCACUUACCCCUCUUGAGCUGAGUCCGUCCAUACGUUCCACUUCGCCUUCUCUGUUCGAGCCGGUGCAGCCUCAACCUCCACAACCCGCUCGACCUCAUCUGACACACACACGCAAUUUGACUCACAGGUCCCGAGUGACGACCAACUGUAGUGACAAAGACUACAUCAAACGGCCUGAGGAUGCGUUCAUCCUUUUCCGACACGAAUUCUACUCACGAAAGAACAAGGCAGAGGCUGCUGGUGGUGCAGAGGCUUGGUCAGUAGCUUAG